AUGCUACCAGAACAUGAUGAAAGAAUGCCGUCUCAGAAUGCCGUGAUAGCUGCGAUAUCCACCGUCUCCCGGGCUGCAAUCUUUUCUUCCUCAAGGCUUUCGACCAAGGAAAGGCCGAGGAUUGGCAUGAGAGCCCGGUCUACUCUGUCGAAGCUAUGGGUUCCUACAGGAGGCGUCUCGGCAACUGAAGGGGAGACUGGCCAUGGAAAACUCAUUCGAGCUGGAUUUCUUCGUCAGACACAACCAGGCAUUUUCCAACUACUUCCCCUGGGCCUUCGCGUUCAGAACAAGAUUGAGGCUCUUCUGGACAAGCAUAUGGAGGCGAUUGGUGCAUCAAAGCUUUCCCUGUCGAGCAUCACAUCAGAAGAACUAUGGCGGCGCAGCGGGAGAUUGGACAAAGUGUCCCCGGAGCUUUUUCGUCUCCUCGACCGGAAACAAGUUCCCAUCAUGCUGUCACCGACGCAUGAGGAGGAAAUAACCGCGCUGGUAGCCAGCACACUGAAAUCAUACAAAGACUUGCCAUUGCGACUUUACCAGACUACUAGGAAAUAUCGGGAUGAGAUGCGCCCUCGUCAGGGCCUCUUACGAUCUCGAGAGUUCGUCAUGAAAGAUCUGUACACCUUUGACGCGUCAGUCGAUUCAGCAAUCAGCACGUACAGAGAUGUUUCCGGCGCGUAUCGUGCCUUUUUCGCAGAUUUAAAGAUACCCAUUCUGGUCGCCGAGGCGAGUUCUGGCGACAUGGGAGGUGACCAUAGUCACGAAUACCACUUGGCCAAUCCCGUCGGCGAGGACAACGUCAUCACCUGCAACUCGUGCAGUUACACUGCAAACGACGAGGUCGCGACUUCACGAGAGGCGUGCCGCACUCACCAAGAUCCCUUGGGCAGUGGCAUUGGAUUAGAUGGCGUCCGCGUGUGGCGUGGCAUCAGCAAAGAUCGGAAAACCCUGAUCAACGCCUGGUAUCCGGGAAGAAACGGCGCAGGUCUCGAGACGGAAGUCAACAUGCACGCUGUGAAGAAGGCCGUUCCAGAACUAGACACGAGCGUCAGCGACGCUGAGCGUUCAUGGGGAGAAACCAUGAGCAGCUUGCAGCACACCGGCUUGCACGAGGCUCAAAUCAUCAACGUUGUCGACAUGAGGUUAAUGCCCGUCUUCCAGGAAGUCGAGGAGGAUCUUCCAGUGCUGCCGAUGGCCAAAGGCACCCCUCGGCCAAAGAUGCAAACGACAACCGUCGCGUCUCACACGGGCCAAGGCUUAAAUCUGCUGCGUCCCGUGGAAGGCGACGGGUGCCCGCGUUGCGAAUCCGGUCAGCUCCGUGUUCACCGGGCACUGGAGCUCGGCCACACGUUCUACCUGGGGGCUCGUUACUCGGGGCCUCUCAAGCUCUCGAUGACGCUACCUCAUGCUAAAGACCCUGCUCUGGUGGAAAUGGGCUGCUUUGGGAUUGGCGUGUCUCGGAUAUUCGCGGCGGUGGCAGAGCACAAAGCCGACGAAAGAGGCUUGAACUGGCCGCGGGCCAUCGCGCCCUUUGAGAUUGUCGUGAUACCAACGUCUCGGGUCACGGAGCAGACGCUCGAGUUUCACGACGAGCUUACAAGGCCUUGCGGGUCACGACGAGGAUUCGAUGCGAUCCUGGAUGAUCGCAAGGAGACGUUUGGCUGGAAGGUGCAAGAUGCCGACAUGAUUGGAUAUCCGGUUGUGAUUGUGCUUGGCAGAGCCUGGAGAGAGGAGGGCGUAUGCGAGGUUCAAUGCAGGAGUCUGUCCCUGAAGGACGACGUUGCUGCCGACGACCUGGCCGCACACCUGGACAAGGUGUUGUCACAGCUUUGA